AAAAAUAAAAAAAAAAAUCUUAAUUAAUAUUUUUAAUUUGUUAGGGGAAAAAACAUAAGAACACAAAUACCUAGGGAUCAAAAGCAAAUUUCAAAAACUGCACCGGGGUUUAGUGAUAAAGGGUUUAUUUCCUUUCACUUGCUGUGGCUAUAUAUAUGUUGGCCAACUUUCAAGAGAAAAUCAUUCUCCAAAUUUUCUUCCCAGAAUCGACUGCUGCUAGGUUUUGACUCGAAUCGAGAAGAAGAAUCAGAUGACUAAUAACCGUCCGAAAAUCAUUGAAUUCGACGAAGGGUGGGACUUCGUGCAAAAAGGGAUUACGAAAUUAAAAAAAAUUCUCGAAGGACUGCCCGAGCCACAAUUCACCUCAGAGGAAAGAAUGAGCCUCUACAUGACAAUAUAUAACAUGUGUACACAAAAACCCCCUCAUGACUAUAGUGAGGAAUUAUAUGUCAAGUAUCGAGAACUUUUUGAAGAGUAUAUUGCAUCAACGGUGAUCCCUUCUUUGAGUGAGAAACAUGGUGAAUUAAUGUUGAGGGAAUUUGUGAUAAUGUGGUCGAAUGUUAAAAUCAUGGGGGAUAAGCUUUCAAGAUUCUUUCACUAUCUUGAUCGUUAUUACAUAGCUAGAAGGUAUCUUCCUCCGUGUAAUAAAGUUGGUCUCGUAUGUUUUCGAAACCUGGUGUACAAACAGAUGAAGGGAAACGUAAUAGGUGCUGUUUUAUCUCUGAUUCAUCGAGAGAGGCUAGGAGAUCAAAUAGAUCGAGUCUUGCUAAAGAAUGUACUGGAUAUUUUUGUUGAAAUUGGAAUGAAAUAUUAUGAAAAUGAUUUCGAAGAAGCAAUGUUGAAGGAUACAGCUGCUUUCUACUCCCAUAAGGCUUCUAUUUGGAUAUUAAAUAAUUCAUGCCCCGAUUAUAUGCUCAAAGCUCGUGAGUGCUUGAAACAAGAGAAGGAAAGGGUGUCUCAUUAUCUCCAACCAAGUACCGAGCUAAAGUUGCUCGAGAAAGUACAGCAGGAGUUUUCGUCGGUGGUCACUGGGCAUUCGGCGCAACUGCUUGAGAAGAUGCACUUGGAAGAUUCAUGCGACGACAUGGUGGAUGAUUUCGUGGUUGUAUAAAGCUAGCUAUAGGCGAACAAGCUUGAAGAUGGUUCGAAUAUUCUUUGACGAUUAUUGUGGAGCAUUCGAAGAGCUAUUUUAGUUUUUUUAUUUUUUAUUUUUUAUUUUUUUGGACUACCGAAGGAAGCUGAUGUUAACCAGGUGAUGUGGGUUAAUUAGGAUUAAGCUACUAAUUAGAGUUUAUUGCCUAUAUUAAGGCUGAUAUUUUGGUUAUUACAUGAAAAACCAAUUUUGAGGGGUAGGAUUAGUGUUGGCUGAUGAAAUUCCAGUUUAGAAUAUUUUCAAGAAUAUAUAUGUAACUGAACUGAUAAAUUAAUAGAGUUGGAAUUAGUAAAAUUCAACUAAUCUAGCGGAAUAUUAUAGUAUCCAUAAAUUGA